AUGUGACGUGAACCAACCACUGCGAUUAUUACAACGCCAAACUGCACUGUCCCUUAUCCCGCCCUGUACAUCUGACGUGUGUUUACAAAACAAAAGCACUCCAUUGCAAGAAAAAAUGUGCGUCGACAUUUCCUACGUAAGAAGUUUAUUAUAGACGAUCAUGAACUGUCGAUCAGAAGUGCUGGAGGUGUCAGUGGAGGGCAGGCAGGUGGACGAGGCCAUGCUGGCCGUGCUGCACACGAUCCUGCUGCACCGCAGCACGGGUAAAUUUCACUACAAGAAAGAGGGCACGUACUCCAUCGGCACGGUGGGAACUCAAGACGUGGACUGCGACUUCAUCGACUUCACAUUCGUGCGAGUGUCUUCUGAUGAGCUGGACAGGGUUAUCAGGAAAGCGGUGGCCGAGUUUAAGGAUGCUCUUGGUAAUUCUGGGAGUGAUGGCAUGGGUCAGAUCUCUUUGGAGUUCUACCAGAAGAAGAAGUCACGCUGGCCCUUUUCAGACGAAUGCAUCCCGUGGGAGGUCUGGAGCAUCAAGGUGAACGUGGUGAACCUGGCCAACGAACAGGAGCGUCAGAUCUGCAGGGAGAAGGUUGGCGAGAAGCUCGGCGAGAAAGUCAUCAACAUCGUGGAGGUCAUCAACCGUCACGACUACCUUCCCAAGAUGCCCACCCAGUCGGAAGUGGACAAUGUGUUCGAUACGAGUUUGAAAGACGUUCAGCCGUAUCUGUACAAGAUCACGUACCAGAUCACUGAUUCUCUGGGCACGUCUGUGAGCACUACCAUGAGGAGGCUGAUCAAAGACACGCUGGCAUUGUAAAGGACAGCGAAACAGCUGAAGCCAGAUGCUUCUUGGAUGUUUAUGAUGAUCGUGUAAAAAUAGAAAUCACAUUACAUUGUUCCUGAAUGGGAUUUACACUUUUCCUGUAUAAUAAUGGUAUCCACUAUCUUUAUAUCAGCUAAUUCAAGCAAGAAUAUUAUUGUUACUUGUUUUUUUUUUAAUAAAAUCUAAUUAUGUUACCUGAA